AUGUGUUUCUCCUCAGGGUUCCCCAGCGGGCUCGAUGUCAAGAAUCUCCGAAGAAUCGUUCUGAGGACAGAAGAAAUCGACGACGAUGACGAAGACGACGACUUUGACUUUGUUGGGUCGAAAUCUGGCAAAAACAGUCGCAAGCAGAAGAAUGUGAAAUACUUCUGCCCAAUCUGCAACUACAAGAGCCGUUACGGCUCUAAUAUGCGACGACAUAUUCGCUCGCAUACAGGCGAGAAGCCGUACACAUGCCGUUACUGCGGGAAACGUCUCAAACAACAUCUGAAGCGACAUGAAAUGGCCUGUUCUUUGACUAUGGCUAUGGCCAGAGAACUCGAAGAUGAAAGGAUCGGCUUCCAAAACGACCCAGUCUCGGACCUCAUGUGA